GCCCCGCUCUAGGCUUUGCCCCGCCCCACGCUCCGCCUUACCGCCGGGGCGCAGAGCGCGCGGCGUCGCUUCCGGCGGGACCAGUGCAGUCCGCCCCUCGGCUUGUGCCCCUGGGAAGGCCGGUGUGGACCUACGGCAAAGCGGUUCGGUGCUGGCCUGGUGUACUCUGUCUGGUGAGAGUGAAAGAGAGCAAUGCAGAAGGACUCUGGCCCACUAGUGCCUUUACAUUGGAUUGGCUUUGGCUAUGCAGCCCUGGUUGCUUCUGGUGGCAUUAUUGGCUAUGCAAAAGCAGGUAGUGUCCCGUCACUGGCUGCUGGGCUGCUUUUUGGUAGCUUAGCAGGCCUGGGUGCUUAUCAGCUGUCUCAGGAUCCGAGGAACAUUUGGGUGUUCCUAGCUACAUCUGGAACCUUAGCUGGCAUUAUGGGAAUGAGAUUCUAUCACUCGGGAAAAUUUAUGCCUGCGGGCUUAAUUGCCGGUGCCAGUUUGCUGAUGGUCGCCAAACUUGGAGUUAGUUUUUUGAGUAGACCCCAUCAGUAGUAGCCAUGUCCCGCUUGGACUCAUGAAGAAUUUAAAAACUUCCACUAUUUUUAGUGUAUUGAGAGAAACAAAUGCAGCAUUUUAACAUAUUCUGACAUUUUACUUAAUGAAACAGAAUAAAAAUAAUACUGAACUUUCCAGAAGAAAUCAGUCAUUAUCAUUACAACCCUAAAGAGGUGGGUGAUAUGUAACCCAAGAGCUUCUUAUAUAUUCUCGUACAGUUUGAUUAUUGAACAUGGUGUUCUCUCUUCUUCAUGUAUCUGUGGGUAAAGCCUCAAGGGGUAAAAUGUUAGGUAUCAACUUUGGGAGCCUUGAAACCCCAUGCCCUACUCAGAACAGUAUGAAAAAAGUGUCUUAAGAGCUUUAGGAUUUUUGUUCUUUGGCUCAUCCUAGAGCACAGACCUACUUUGGAAUUAUGUCAAAUGAAAUAUCAAUGAAAAUAAAGUUUACUGUAAGAAAUA